AUGGCUCAGCAACACGAACAAGUACUCGAGAACCUCGACGCCCUUGCGGACAUGCUUGAGCAACGGCGUGCGCAAGAUGAAGAGCGUCGUACUCAAGACGAAGAGCGUCGCACUCAAGACGAAGAGCGUCGUACUCAAGAUGAAGAGCGUCGCACUCAAGACGAAGAGAUCGCACAAGUGCUCCGCAACGUGCGUCAGCAGAUGCAAACCAUGGCCCAAGGAGCAGGUGACAGCAACUACCAGGCUUCUCUCCGCGAAGCACGCGCCCAUAACGCUCAUGUUCUUGCUCUACUCAGGACUAGCGCACUUCCUUACCCCGAGUUGCACCGACUUCCAGAUCCACCAGGAAAGGGUCUCUGCGCUACUGGAUUCCCGAAAACAUUGGAGGAAUUGCUGGAGAUGAACUAUCACCUUACACUCAGAUCCCUCGCAAUCCUCUCCGGUCUUGCACACACCAUCCUUUACGCCCACGUCUCUCUCACAUCUACAAAGAUCGCCACACUCUACGCACGUACCGUCAUCGACUGCGCGCAUCGCGAUAUCACUCUCAUCUCUACGACUUCGCCCGAAUCGCCUACAUCUCCCACAUGCAGCGCAUUAUCCGGCACUCCAGCUUUAUUCGCUGGCAAGUUCACUAAUCGUAUUCGACACGCUGCGUUUUACGUCUCAUUUACUAGUAUAGCACGAUGUAUCUAG